AUGGGAGGCAACCAGACAUGGCUCACAGAAGUCACCCUGCUGGGAUUCCAGGCUGACCCAGCACUGGAGUUUUUCCUCUUUGGACUUUUCUCUCUCUUCUGUACCCUUACCCUUUUGGAAAAUGGAGUCAUUCUGGGGCUUAUCUGCUUAGACUCAAGACUUCACACCCCCAUGUACUUCUUCCUCUCACACUUGGCCAUCAUUGGCACGUCCUGUGCUUCCAACAAUGUCCCCAAGAUGCUGGCAAAUCUUACAUUUUUAUAUCUAGCCUUUGCUCACACAGAGUGCCUGAUUUUGGUGGUGAUGUCUUAUGACAAGUAUGUGGCCAUCUGUCAUCCCCUACAUUACAUUGUCACCAUGAGCUGGAGAGUGUGCAUUGUCCUGGCCAUCACAUCCUGGGUGUUAAGCUUCCUCUUGGCUCUGGUCCAUUUAGUUCUCUUUCUGAGACUGCCCUUCUGUGGGCUUCAUGGAAUCGACCGCUUCCGUGAAAUCCUGUCCCUCAAGCUGGCCUGUGCUGACACUAGGCUGAACUAAGUUGUCAUCUUCUUGGCCUGUGUUUUUAUCUUUUAUCUUACUCCUGAGUGCCAUUGCACUGGGAACCAUGUUGCUUCUACUGCAAAAGAUCUCAUUAGGAAGAAAUUUCUGGGAACCAUUCUCCCUGUGGCCAUCGGACCAUGUGUUGUACAGUUCUCAGCUGAUGGAUCACUGUGUAACUAUAAAUCUUGA